AUGUCCCUCCCCACCUAUCUUGAUAUCGACCCUAAGCUGGUUGACGUAGUGAAGUUCGAAGGGAUCAACUUUAUUUUCACCUGGAUCGGAGCUCUCGUUAGACUGGUACAUGGACUUAUGUUGCAAGAUGACCCAAUCGUUAUCUCUCAGAUUCUAGAUGCAAUCAUGCUCGGUCUUCUCCCACUAGGAUACACCAUCUCCCGGGUAUGGGCACGUAUGCGACAACAAGCAGAGCCGCCUAAGGUUGUCUUGAUAACGGGAGCGGGUGGUGAAGGUCUCGGAGCUAUGCUCGCUUUACAAUACGCUGGGCCAUCUACUCGUAAGCUCAUCCUAACUGAUGUUCAUAGAGAGUCGCUUGAGGCUGUGGCGGAGGCUUGCCGCGCCAAAGGUACACCAGAAGUCGUGUUGGUCGAGGCAGAUGUUUGUGAUGAAUCUGCCAUGAGAGAACUGGCACGUGAUCAUUCUGAUGUCGAUCUGGUCAUCGCUAAUGCUGGUGAGCUCACGAUUAUAACUGGAUGA